UGAAGCUACUGAUUACUUGCUUGAUCCUGGCGCGGGCCGAUAGUUCCUCAGUAACCCUUGCUAAACAGCCACCGUCAUGUGGUAAUAGCAGCUGGCGUGAGCAGGCGAGUCGUGUCUGCACUAGCGUCCAUGUUGCAGGCAAAGGGUUACAGCGACUCUGCAGCAACCAGCAUCUUCAGGGGAUUGUGGACGUGCCGAAAAAUAGAAAUACCCCCGUCCGCACUUACCACCUGAAUAUGAGCUACAAUGACGUAACCUGCUUCACCAGAAAGAGCAUACUGCGGCUUGGCAGGUCUUUGAAAGUUUUGGAUUUGUCACACAAUCGACUCUCCACCUUGCCAGAUAACUUAACAUACCACCUGAAUCAUACUACUCACUGGUACUUUUCCUAUAACAAUAUCUCAAACAUAAGCUCCACCGCCUUCGCAAUCUCCAGGGAGAGGGUCAGGAGGAUGCAGAUGGUUGAUCUGAGCCACAACCUGUUGUCUGACCUACCAAGCAGUGUCUUCCAUGCAUUUGAAAACCUGAGAACUCUGGAUCUGAGCUACAACCAACUGGUCACCGUAUCGGAAGAUGUCUUCCGACCGUUCAUUAUGCUCAAGCACUUGUUGCUGGGGCACAACAUGCUCUCUCAUUUUCCCAACAUCACUAUAGCUCAAUUGUUAAAGCUAGAUCUCGCCAAUAACCAGUUUACGUCCGUGGAAUCGCUGCCGCUAUACACAACUGUUUUGUAUCUGGAUCUGUCAUACAACCGCAUAACGACAAUUUCGUCUGUCUUCUUCUACAACAAUUUCCCGAAUCUACGCCAUCUGUAUCUCGGCGGUAACGCGUUCACCACUCUGGACAUCAACGCAGAUAUCAGCCGUGGACAGUCUCGGAGCACGGCACUUUUCGAGCUUGCAACAUUGAGUUUCAGUGACUGGAACUUGACCCGGCAUGUUCCGAAGCCAGCAGUGUCACACAGCAGCGCUAUCAGUCAGGACAGCACUGCUAACAGCGCAAGCCUGCACAACCCCAUCGACAGCAGACCUUCCCGUUUGAAAUUUCUCGGGCAAUUUCGACGAAGCAGGCACGGACGCAGCGCGGUUGCUGCUGGCAGCUUGACAGGCAGCAGGGGUAGCAGCAGCAGCAAUACCAACCCAAUCAGCGUUACCGGAACUCAGUCUGACAGCAAGGACAGCACGCGGGAACUUAACCUGGUUUUGGCUAACUUCCUCAGACCAAUGAGACUAUCAUUUGCAGGAUGUGGUAUUACUUCACUCAGUGAUCUGAACCAACUAGACGGGUCCGGAUCACUUGAAAGAAAGUAUUUUCUAGACGUAUCACGCAAUAACCUCUGGCCAGAUGUCAUGAAUGGAUCGUUCUCCCUGCGCUGGAAGACCUUGAAACACUUACACAUGGCAGAGACUGGCCUGCAGGAUGUAAAUUUCCUGAGAAAUGCCCCCAACAAGCUGAAUGUGCUUAACCUGGCAAACAAUGCUAUUAGCGCAGGCUCACUCAUCGUCUUGGGCAGGUUCAUAGAAUUGGAAGAUUUAUAUCUGUCAGGUAAUAAUUUAUCCACCCUACCAGCCACUAUGCUUCAUAAUAUAUCUACUCUGGAAACAGUAGAUCUCAGCCAGAAUAGAAUACAUACUUUGCCGGAUGGUGUUUUCGAUUUGAACAAGAUGACCCAGCUCCGAGUUCUUAAACUGAACAAGAAUAACUUGACAUCCAUCUCCGAACGUAUCUUUUACGAUGGAGCCAUAACCAGUAAUCCCUCUACACGUGUUCUGGACUUGAGCGACAAUUAUCUGGCUGAGCUUCCAGGAGAUUUGCUCAAGGGUAUGCCCAAUUUGGAAGAAUUCUAUGCUGAUCGUAACCAGAUCACCACUCUUGGAGCUGACCUAUUAGCCCACAAAUCACUCUACAUUCUGUCAUUGAAGGACAACUCUAUUGCAGAUCUUCCCCAUAAUCUCUUCUAUGGCUUCUGGCCUACCAACCAAUCAGUGAACUCUACGGUACGAAAGCAUACCAGGUACAGCGGCUACUUAGAGCGUAUUGACUUCUCCGGCAAUCCGCUCAACGCAAAUACGUCAGUCUGUCCCCUGGCCGUGUUGGUCGAGAAAGUUGAACGCCUCUUCCCCAGCAGACAACACUACGCGCGCAACACCAUACUGCGCUACUUUGAUGACAGCCAGAGGAACGUAUCGGAUGCACUCAUGACAUCGCUACUUAGCUACCCAUGCAGGGAAGCAGGCGAUGGCGUCCGUCCGAUAUUGUCGUGCAAUUCCCAGGGAAAGCAAGUGUGCCUAGUCGGCACAGAGCUAGGUGGUCCUAGCCGGUCGGUUCAAGCGUGCCUCGGUUCCUGCACUACCUACCCGUUGUGCUCGGUUGAGCUGGGCGGAGGGCAGUUUGGCUGCCAGUGUGACUACACUACUGCUCCACAGCAGACUGUCACUUGCCAGACGUGGCAGCCAGCCACUCAAGCUGUGACCUCUCCUACACCGUCCACCACCCAGUCACAUCAAACACCAGUUGAGAUUAUAUCUGAUGGAGCUAAGGAGGCAGCAUCAACCGCUCAGGCAUCAAGAACAGUCCCAGUGUCGCCCACGGCCCAAGCAACACCAGCAGACCAAGCAUCAACAACAGCCCCAGCUCCAGCCACAACAGCCCCAGCUCCAACCACAACAGCGCCAGCUCCAGCCUCAACAGCCCCAGCUCCAGCCACAACAGCCCCAGCCCCAGCCACAGAAGCCCCAGCUGCAGCCACAACAGCCCCAGCCCCAGCCUCAACAGCUCCAGCUCAAGCCACGACAGCCCCAGCUGCAGCCACAACAGCCCCAGCUGCAGCCUCAACAACUCCAGCUCAAGCCACGACAGCCCCAGCUCCAGCCACAACAGCCCCAGCUCCAGCCACGACAGCUCCUGCCCCAGACACAACAGCCCCAGCUCCAUCCACAACAGCCCCAGCUCCGUCCACAACAGCCCCAGCUCCAACCACAACAGCCCCAGCUCCAGCCACAACAGCCCCAGCUCCAGCCACAACAGCCCCAGCUCCAGCCACAACAACCCCAGCUUCAGCCACAACAACCCCAGCUCCAGCCACAACAACCCCAGCUCAAGCUACAACAACCCCAGCUUCAGCCACAACAACCCCAGCUCCAGCCACAACAACCCCAGCUUCAGCCGCAACAACCCCAGCUCCAGCCACAACAACCCCAGCUCCAGCCACAACAACCCCAGCUCCAACCACAACAACCCCAGCUCCAGCUACAACCCCAGCUCCAGCUACAACAACCCCAGCUCCAGCCACAACAACCCCAGCUCCCGCCACAACAACCCCAGCUCCAGCUACAACAACCCCAGCUCCAGCCACAACAACCCCAGCGCCAGCCACAACAACCCCAGCUCCAGCCACAACAACCCCAGCUCCAGCUACAACCCCAGCUCCAGCUACAACAACCCCAGCUCCAGCCACAACAACCCCAGCUCCAGCUACAACCCCAGCUCAAGCUACAACAACCCCAGCUCCAGCCACAACAACCCCAGCUCCAACCACAACAACCCCAGCUCCAACCACAACAGCCCCAGCACCUGCAACUACCCCAGCUCCAACAACAACCGCCACUGCAACAACGACAACCCCAGCUCCCACAACAAUCCAGCCGCUAACAACAGGCCAGAAUGCGUCAACCGUCCAGUCAUCUGAAGCAGACCCGUCUGUUGAAAAUGCAACUGACGGCAGCGGUGGUUGGGAGGGAGACUCGCUCAACGCAACUAACACGUCCCAGCUGAUCUUCCCGGACGGACAGCCUCUGGAACAAUCAGGAGAUCAAGACGAAGGCAAUCGUGUAAACGUGUCUGCGAAUUCCGGUUUUGACUCUCCGAUCGGCUACUUCAAGGCAAUGGGUGCACUUAGCGGAGCGGACACUGUCGGACAAAGUUCCUCGUUAGCUCUCGUGUUCAUGACCGCCGCCACCAGCCUACUCAAGAGUUGGUUAUAGACUCAAAACAUCUAUUUGUUCAACCAUGAUACAUGCAUUUUGUCAUCCGGUUCAUGUUAGUGUGGAUCUCGAAUCUUUUUACCUGCAAAUCGCCUUGAUUUUUGAUUCUUGAUGUUAUUAUUACAAGCUUUCAAGGUCACUGUUGCCUUUGGUGCUU